AUGGAGUCUGUUCCUAACUUCAAUAGAAUCAUCCAUUCAGCAUCAUUCACCUUCCUCGUCGGCCCACAACAUACAAAGCUGACGAUCCAGUCGGGGCUCGCCUACCAUGUCUCUAAAACACUGGAUCAUCUCAUGAACGGUCCGACGAGGGAAUCGAAACACCGAAUCGCCGUUCUGGAAGAAGACGAUGUUGAAACCUUCGUCGCUUUCUGCGAGUAUGCAUACACUGGCAAUUAUAGCGUGCCUCGUCCCGAGGUCCAGGAAGAUCACAGACUUGGAGUAGUCGAGAGCUCGCCAAUUACCAACUGGAGAGGGAAUUAUCGGUCUGAUUCAAUGUCGUCGAUUGUGCCACCCCCGGCUCCAUCGCCGCCUCCGCAAUUUCGCCAUCAGAGACAAGAAUCGUACCACCAGUCUGAGCCUUCGCCCGCCUAUGUAAAGGAACUGGUUACUCCGACACUUGCGCGAGAGCCCGAGGCCGAGUCGGCUCCAGAUCCCAAGACUCCAGUCAGUGUAGCGGAGCCGGAGUUAGAGACAUACCACGAAGCGGAGACUGCACCCGAGCCACCGGCCGAAGAAGUGCCUCCUGCCGACGAUGAAUGGGCGGUUCCGACCGAAGAACCUGUGUCAUGGGAACCAGAGGAGCCUAAGGCAGGCAAAAAGAAGGGAAAGAAAGGAAAGAAGGGUAAAAAGCAAGCGGAGAUCGUCGAAGAAGAACCUCCCGCACCGACUGAGCCUGUCAGCCUUACGCCGCCAUCAACACCGCCGCCAGAAGUUGCUGCCGAGCCAGAGGCAGAGCCAGAAACAGAGCCCGCUGAAGAAUGGUCUCCAGUAAACCCUGUCCCAGAAGCAGAAUCAGAACCGGCUGAGUACUGGGCACAGCCAGCUGAAGAGCCUGCACCUGAACCUGAGCCUGAACCUGCAACCGAAGAGCCCGCGCCUGUAGAAGAACAGCCCACACCCGCUGCGGAAGGACCGAUGGAAGAUUCAUGGACUCAAGACAGAAGCCCAGGCACCAGCGUUACCAAAGCACAGCCGCAAAGACCAAUGCUCGACAUGUCUUUUGCCCAACAGAAAGCCUCCUCAUCCAGCGAGCCUGGUCUCAACCUAUGGGACGAGUUCAUCUCCCUGCAAUACAACGACGAGCCCACAGCCUCCAAGCCCACCCCGGUCGAGUCGCCAAGCACUGAGCUCCCCUACAUUACCUUCCACGCGAAAUUAUACGUCUUCGCCACACGGUACCUAAUCCCCGCUCUCGCCCAGCUUUGUCUCCGAAAGCUGCAUCACGACUUAGUCCUCCUCUCACCGACGGAAUUCGAAACCCCCCACCUAGACGACUCGGAAAUUCUAGACGGCUUGGCAGCAACCAAGGCGCAGAUGGUGCUAGAGCUGGUGCAAUACGCAUACACGAAGACGGCCCGACUAGAGCCGAUCUCGCCGACAUCCGCCACACAGCUUCGGGAGAAUGAGCUGCGUCGACUGGUAGUGCACUAUUUGGCGUGCAACGUGAAAGAAUUGUCACGAUAUCAUUCGGCGGAGGAUUCGGUCUCGGCGACGCCUAAUUUGCGGCCGGUAGAUGCCAAGACGGAGCGGGCUGAGACCUCCACUUCUACGUCCCCUAAAAGCCUUCGUGCUUUGUUAGAUUUGACGACAGAGCUGGCCUCAGAUCUGGUCUAUCGCAUGAUGUGA